AUGUCGAUCGACAGCUUCGAAGACACUAAUGCCAUGGCUGCUAUGCUCAAAGCAAUGAUGAGACGGUCAUACACAGCGGUGCCCGUCGACACGGAGAAAGCUGCCAUGCUGAGACAAACAUCCCGUCUCAGCAAAGGCGACGAUGCCAUCGACACAAGCAGCGAGACCUCUGCAGAGACGAUGUGUGAGAGACCUUCAUUCACAUCAGAAAGAGAGCGCAGCCCUGUCAAUGCGAGAAUAGUCUCGGAUGCUAUCAUCGGCCUGUCAGAUGGCUUGACGGUACCCUUCGCCCUCACGGCCGGGCUCUCGGCCCUGGGUGACACAAAGGUUGUUGUCUUUGGUGGUCUCGCUGAGCUUAUUGCCGGAGCAAUUUCAAUGGGCUUGGGUGGCUACCUGGGUGCAAAGAGUGAAGAGGCAGCAUACAAGGCCACAUACCGGUCGACACGAACCCAAGUGCUCCAAUCGAGCGGCAACCUGUCGUCAGAGAUCACGUCCAUAUUCGCGCCCUACCAUCUCUCGCCGUCUCUCCUCAAGGACUUUACCCAUCAGCUCAUCACCUCCAACAGUCCCGACGCGGUGGUGGACUUCCUCAUGCACUUCCAACACAACACGCCCGAGCCUGCGCCCAGUCGUGCGGUGGUGUGUGCCCUCACAAUCGCGCUGGGAUAUUUCAUUGGUGGUUUUGUGCCACUCCUCCCAUACUUCUUCACCAGCAAUGUCACGGAGGGGCUGAUCUGGAGCAUCAGCGUGAUGAUUGUCGCAUUGUUUGCUUUUGGCUACGUCAAGACCGGGUUCGUCGAGGGUUGGCGAGGUUGGAGGUGUGUGAAGUGCAACCUCGGUGGUGCGGGGCAGAUGGUGGUGAUUGGCGGUGCAGCAGCCGGUUGUGCCAUGGGGGUUGUUCGGCUGUUCAACUCGCUGCAGUAG